UACUUAAUUUGAGGAUUGAGGGAAUGUGGUGUUUCUUUUAAAGUGUUUGGAAUGCACUAAAGUCUGGGAUUUCCCGAGACUACGACGAAUAAAAUAAUAUUCAUACAAUUUUCCUCCCAUCCAGUAGGUGGCGUGCUUUACCAUUUCUAUUCAUAGAAAGCGGUAUCCUGUCUGCGACGUCAGCAUUUUUGACCAACUCUGCAGCUACUUGGGAAGACUUUCAACUGUGAAGUUGGAAAAUUUUCAAAAAUGGGCUUUGUGAAAGUCGUUAAAAGUAAGGCCUACUUCAAGAGAUACCAGGUGAAAUUCAGGAGAAGGCGAGAGGGGAAGACUGACUACUUUGCCCGUAAGCGCCUGGUCAUACAAGACAAGAACAAGUACAACACUCCCAAGUACAGGAUGAUCGUGAGGUUCUCCAACAGAGAUAUCUGCUGUCAGAUUGCUUAUGCCAAGAUUGAGGGUGACCAGAUUGUCAGUGCCGCCUACUCCCAUGAACUGCCAAAGUACGGCAUCACAGUGGGACUGACAAACUAUGCUGCAGCCUACUGCACAGGCCUACUGCUGGCUCGCAGGCUGCUGAACAAGUUUGGUCUGGACCAGGUGUACGAGGGCCAAGUGGAGGUGACGGGAGAUGAGUUCAACGUGGAGAGUAUAGACGGCCAGCCGGGGGCCUUCACGUGUUUUCUAGACGCCGGGCUCGCCAGGACGUCGACGGGCAACAAAGUGUUCGGAGCACUAAAGGGCGCCGUCGACGGUGGCCUCUCAAUUCCUCACAGCACAAAACGUUUCCCAGGCUAUGACAUGGAGAGCAAAGAGUUCAACGCAGAGAUGCAUCGCAAACACAUCAUGGGCAUGAACGUGUCGGACUACAUGAGCUACCUGAUGGAGGAGGACGAAGACACCUACAAGAAACAGUUCUCCCGCUUCAUAAAGAACGGCGUCACGCCAGACACAGUAGAGCAGAUGUACAAGAAAGCACACGCCGCCAUUAGAGAGAACCCAGUCCACGAAAAGAAACCCAAAAAAGACGUCAAGAAGAAGAGGUGGAACCGCGCCAAACUCUCAUUGGCACAGAGAAAGGACCGCGUUGCCCAGAAAAAGGCCAGCUUUCUACGAGCACAGGAAGCAGAGGCGGCGGAUGGUUAGACGGACCACUGGCUUAAUAAAUGUAUUGCAAAUGACUUUGUUUCACCGUCACUUUGCUCCCUGCGGAAGCACGGCUUCCUGUAUACUGCAGUUUUUAUAUUUGAGGGAAAUUCUGGUGUGAUUGAAUGAGUUGAUUUAGCAGGUUCUCCCACACAUUCCGUUUUUAACAUCCUUUACGGACCUUUUUUAGUCUG